GGAACUCAUCAAUUCGGGUGUUCCUCUUAUCGAAGUGGAAAUUUAGGUAUCAUCCAUGUAAUUCGAAAUCGGGCUGACCUAGAUCAUUUUAUGGAUUCACAUCAUGAUUAUUAUUAUGUGGUUACCAUAUACAUGGAUAUGUUCAUUAGCGAUGUUAUGAACCGAUUGAAAACUAAUGACAAAGUUAGUGGUGUUGUGGUCAUUGUUCAAAAACCUCAUAUACCUGUUGAAUACUCCCCUGAUGAUGUAUGUGAUAAUUCAGUGGAAAAUUGUAAUUCUACUAAUGCAUGGAACCCUAAAGGUAACCAGUUUUUAUAUUAUGACUGGCCAUUCCCAAUUUUUGUGGCUGAUGAUAUAUUAACAAUAACCAAAAUUACUCAGUGUUACAAUAAUUUUAAUUUACCUUUUGAAAAAUCUUCUUUCUCCAGACCACUUUGCUCUUUGCAAAUCAAGUCUCACAUGUCAGCAGCAGUUGACUCACCCACUUGUUUAAGGAGAAUAAGCCAAGCUGGAGUGAGUAUUUACAAGUAUUGUGAUCCGAUGGGCGAUCAAAACAUUAUUCUUCCCAUGGACACUUGGAAUGAAAAUACAACCAGAGAUGUAGUUAUCAUUGCAGCUAGAUUAGACACAGCUUCUAUGUUUGAUGGAUUAGCACCUGGAGCAAUGACAUCAGUAACAAGUUUUGUUACGACUCUUGCUGCAGCUCAUAUUUAUAGCUCUAUUCAGAGUAAGAUAAAAGAUAGUGAUAAGAGCAUAGUUUUUAUGCUACUUAAUGGUGAAGCACAAGAUCAUAUUGGUUCCAGCAGAAUUGUUUAUGAUAUGGAGAAAGGGCUGUUUCCAUCGAUGACGUCAUUUAACAUUACAUUAAAAAAUAUUAAAUAUUUCUUUGAAAUUUCUCAAAUUGGGGACAGUCCAAAUAUAUUUAUGCACCCUUCUGUGGAAUUGUACAGUGAUAAAAUAAUGGAAGAUUUUAUUAGUGUUGGGCGUAAGUAUUCAAUGAACUGGAGUCUCAGUUCUCGUAAGGAUCUUCCACCUUCCUCCUUGAGAGUGUUUAAAAAAGCCCAUGAGCCACUUCCUGGUUUAAUAAUAUCUGCUUACGACAAAGAAUACACAAACAGAUACUACAAUGGUCUUCUUGACACCAGUGAAUCUCUAGGUUACAAGUAUGCAAAUGGUAGUAUCACAGACCAACAUAUUUUACAGAAAAACAUUGCUUCAUUGGCAUCAACUAUUGCUUCGGUUUUGUUUACUGUAAUAUCUGGCUCUGAGAGUCCUGAUAACAUCCCCCAAGAAGAUAUAGCACUUAUGGUUGAUGAACUACUUCAUUGUUAUUUGGAGAACAAAGCUUGCAAACUUAUGAAAGAAAUUAUUACUAGCAAAGAAGAACCAGCUGCCAAAAAAGCACCUCUGCCUUUAUAUGUGGGAGUGCAACCCUCUCUUAAUCCUAUUACCACACAAACUGGAUUGUUGCUUGCAUAUCUUACUUCUAAGCCCAUCAAUGUGAGCAAAGAAAACUGUACAGCUGGCUCAAACAAUAAUCAAUUUGCUUAUUUCUGGUUGAAUGGUGAAGAAAGUAAUGGUUUAUGCAUAAAUACAACCCUCAAAUUCACACCAGCUGUCAGCCCUGCGUUCCUAAUUCCAGAUUAUAACUGGACAUCUAGACUUUAUUCUACUUGGACUGAAUCAGUGUGGAAUGAUGUAAGUCUGGAAAUGUUCUUAAAACCUUCAAGAAGGCAGGAGAUAAUUACUUUAGCAUGUGGUAUUGGGACAUCGAUCUUGUCUGUUCUGGUUGUUUACUACAUCAACAAAAACAAUAAGUUCGUAAAUAUUUUUUCCAGACCUUCACCGACUGUGUGCUAGUGUAAAUAUAUGUUUCCCUAAUAUUUGUAUUCAAUAUGCAAACGAACUGUAUGAAAUACAUCUAACUGUGAUAUUAGGUUGAUUUUUAAUAAGACAAUUUUUUUAAAUAUUUUAUAAAUAAACAUUAUUAAUUAAGGUUGUUAACAUUCUCAAGAAACUGUUAGUGAAAGUUAGCCUGCUAGGUUUAUUUAUUUAGUAUUUUUUUCCCUUGUUAAUCACCGCAAUUUAAUUUUUCACUAUAAUUCCCUCUAGGCUUGUUAAAAAGUUCCUGAAUAUAUUUUUUUUAUUAAUUAAUCUUUUUU